AUGGCGGCCAAAAACACGUGUAAGGGAGUAAUUUCAGUUUUUAAAAUUCUAUCAAACACCGAUCGAAGCAAAGCUGCAGAUCUCAGUUCAAACGUUGCAACGACAAGCAAUUUUGAUGAUCUGUUAGUGUUGAAUCUGCGCCUGCUUUGGCAAGCCUUGGAAAACGACGAAAAUUUAAAAAAAUUUUGCGAAUUGAAGACGUACUUUUGUGGAUAUUUUGAGAAAAAAUCGUGCUCAGAAGGGCAGAAGGAUGCAUUAAAUUCUACAGAGGUUGAAGGCACGUCUGUUUUAAAUAACCACAAAGAAAAUGAAUCUAGUUGUAACUCGUUAGAGAAGACAAUAACAAAUAAUAAUAGUAAAACUGUCAGAUGGAUUUUUUGCCAAAUUUGUUUACAAGCACUACGCUGUCUUAAAAAUACAUUGCAAGCUAUGAAGGGCUCUGACAACACUGCCAAAGGUCCCGCAGUAGAUUUGAGCAUUAGUGAUCAGCAACUAGUCAAAACUGUUAUUCAAUUAAUUGUAGUUUUAGGAAUCUGCCCUAAUCUUUUACAAGGGGUUGGAAUACCAGUUGAGCAAAGGACAGGCUUUAGUGCUGCUUUGGGUUCUGAGCAGGAUAUUAAGUGUCCAAAGUGUUUAUAUGAGUGUGUUACGACCCUUGUUAGUUGUCUUAACGAGCCAAGUUUGAGUUUGGUAAUUUUGUCGAAGCAUUUGGCCGAUAUAUUGGCGGCACUGAUGCAGCUUGGGUAUUGCCGAGAGGUUUGUGAUGAAAGCAGUUGUAUUGAUCAAUCAACUGGUCAGGAUUCAUUGGCUAUAGGGAAGAAACCGACAGGCAUCAGCCAGGGAAAUUGUGCUCUCAAGUCAGAAGGGCAAGAUGGAGAAUUGUCGGGACAUAGGCGUGGUCAGAAUGACACACAACUGAAUGAAUCGUGUAAUGAAGAGUCUUUCAACAUCAUGAAGAUUUGUGAAGGUGGUAUCUUCAUUUCUAAAGCACAACAAGAAGAAUGCAAAAGGACUUUGAAUAAUAUCAUCAGUAAAAUGUAUCAACCGUUGAUCAUACGAGAGUUGUUGUUUCUACAAGGGAGUAUGUCAGGCCAACGAGCAAAUCAAAAAGAGUCCAAAACUGUGAAGUUGGGCAGUGCGGAUAGGAAAGAGAAGUCCGUAAGGAGAGCACCAAUGCCAGAAGAAUUGAAUAAUGUAAAGUUGGAGGGGAAGGCUGUCACAAGGACACCCAAAUGGAUGAAAGAUGUUUGUGGUCACUUGUUGUCAAAAUGUUUGACAAAGAAAAAUGGAGUGCAAAGUGUUUUGAGAGCUGUUUUGGAAGGAACAUCAGGUAAUAUGGUUAAAAUGGAAAUGUACUUCAUUAACAAGGUGAUAAAUCUGAACCAAGUAAGCCCACAAUGCACCGUAAUCCACCCUACUUGGGUAUUUUACUCUGUCUAAUGCCACAAUGAGUAAAAUCGUCUUGCAUUAGAUAGUAAUAUAAUAAAGUAGGGUGCAUUAGGGUACAUAUUGCUACCAUACAUAAAGGGCUAAUAGUCUAGAGUAAUAUUUUGUUAUAGGUGGGGCAAAUGAAUGGAAAAUAUGUGAAGCUAUUGCCAAGGUCAUUGCAAACUGUCCAUUACAAAUGCAGUUACCAGACGAAUAUUAUAAAUCCAUUUCACCCCAGGUAAUAUAUAUUAUAGUACAGUAAAGUUCUGUAGUUUAACCCAUUGAGUGUCAGCACUCUUCACUUGAUGAGUAAAAUCGUCUGGCGUUAGACAGAGUAAUUUAAUACUAUUAAAGUGGGGGUGCAUCAGGGUGCAUUGCCACUUAAAGGGUUAAUUUGUCAAUCAGUCAUCUAACAUAAUACUUUGUCUUUAAAAGGUUUUAAUGCUAUUGCAAUUACCUUCAUCAAAGCUUCAGCAACAAUACAGCCAGGCAUCAGUCUUGAUUAUUCAUGCAAUGCUUAGAAAAUAUCCAGAGAUUGCCGCUAAGUACAUAACCGAUCCUUUGAUGUGGCCUUUUCUGAUAGCAACACAGGAACCAGGUAAAUAUAGCCUUAAACCAGGUCAGUUUCCCUGGUAUUAAAUUUUUUAUUAUAAUACCUUCUACUGGAUAGCUCUAUCAGUUCGAAACUGUUCUCUCUGAAGGUCCAUCCAGUAACGGAUUAUCCCAGAGCUUUCGAUUCCUUCCUGAGGAUUGCAGGGUCGGGGAACGAGAUUGCUAGUAUAUGUACAACACGAUAGAUGCAAACUGGAUAGAAGCUCUCCUCUUGUAUGUUACUGACAGCGACAAAUAAUAAUCAGACGACCAUAUAUUGCACGAAUCAAACUACGACCACAGCUUGGUGAAAUGGAACUUGAAAUUUUCCAGGAAAAAACAGUAAGACAGUUUUGGUGGAUGAGAAAGAAAUGACUCGUUGUAUUGAAGGAUUACACAAGGUAAAAAUAUUUCGUCCAUUGUAUGCUGUUUGAGUGAAUAAACUAGGUAAAUCGGCCUAGCCACAAAAAACCCUAGUAUUUUCACUUAUGUUUUCUAAAAAAAAUUUCUAAAAAUUUUAAAUCUUUUUAACCAUCAGGUGUUCGUUGCAUCUCCUAACUCCAGUCAAGUGUUGACAGAAAAUAUGGAAAGGAUAGUUGUGCCUGUGUUUGAACUGUUUUGUUUUGCCAGACAUAGUGCAUCCCAUGUGAAGUAAGUGGGAAUGGGAGAUCCUCAUUUUUCUUCAGGACCAACUUUGUAAUUCUUCCCAAAUUGAGGGAGGAGACACUGGGUGUGGGGGGGGGGCAUGACCUUGUUAUGAUUUCAUUUAUAACAGAAAAUAUACCAAAUCUGUGGCUUUCGGAUUAUCAUGAAACAUGUCUAAAAUGCAUGAAAUAGCAAAAUUUUCCAAGGGAUUAUAUAGGUGUUGUCUGUUGCGCAUGGGAAUUUAGAGAGCGUUAAUUUUGUUUUUAACAGAACAGCUUUGUUAGAGUUACUCUCGACGUUUUUUAAAAGAACAAACAAUUUCACUGCACUGGAAACGCUCUAUGUGUUUGUAUGCCAAGAACGUCCCGAUUCCGAGUCCAAAAACGCAUUCUUAAAAUCAGAAGAUCUUGCAGAACGCUCGGACGAUGCCAGAAACCUUUCGAAAGAUGUCGGAGAACACUCGGAAGUUUGUAUACCUAAAAUAACCGUGAUGGCGAAAAAUUGCAGCUUUGGCUACGGUGAAGGUGGGGGUGUUCUUUUACAAAACGUUCAUCCGUCUGAAACAGAGAGGAAUGAAAACCCAUUUGGAGAGAUUUUUGGAAAAGAAAACGAAAGCUACGAGACCAGGGCCUUGUGUGUAGUCGAGGUGCUCCAGAAUCUACGAAAAGAUGAAAUUCCUGGAAAUUUCUUUCUGUAUCUACUCCAGCAAGUUCAAGAAAUAAUUCUGAAGCCAAAUUUCAGAGAAAUUGGGAGAAUGAAGGCAUUGGUGAUUUUUAAUGCGCUAGCAUUAAUGUGCGAAAAGCUUGGGCCAUCUGUGCUAAAGAACACUGGUCACAUGAUUCAGUUCAUAGACACGACCCUAACACGUGCACAUCACGUGUACAUGGAGAGCAUGGAUGCGGAGAGUGGCGCUGGUGCGUUGAGUUGGAAACACUUACAAUGGCUUUGGGAAUGUUAUCUGCGUUGCUAGGCGGUGCUGUCAAGGUUUGUAUUCAAUACUUCAAGUGUGACUAAUCCCAAAUAUGUUUUUUGGUAUGUGUAAUAUUUUUUGGGUCAUUCUAAGAAGAAAUAUAAUGUAUCUCUAUAGUAAAAAGCCUCAUCUUGAUCAACUUUUUCACUGUCAAAGUUUGCGGAUAUGAUGUCAUUAGGUGAAUUUUUGAUAGAAAAAAACAAAGGAAAGCUAAUUUGCAAUUCACCUAAUGACAUCAUAUCCAGAAACUUUGACAGUGAAAAAGUUUAUCAAGAUGGAAUUUUUUACUAUAAAGAUACAUUACAUUUCUUCUUCAAAUGACCCAGAUAUUACACAUACCAAAAAUCAUAUUUGGGGUCAGUCGCACUUUCAUUACGUACUCUGAUGGACGAACUUGGGUAAAGAUAAGAUACACUGUAGUAGUACAGGGACCUCGGUGGCACAGUAAUCAGAACAAGCUUUCACCUCUGAGAUCGUGGGUUUGAUUCUCGCUACGGACUCAUGUGAAAAGAGUCAGUCAACGCUCUGCCGAAUGUUGUGGGUUUUCUUCGGGAGCUCCGGUUUCCUCCCACAGGGAAAGUUGACAGGGUGGGUUAGGAUAAACACAGUUAAGAAAGUAAUAUCACAAUUGUUGUAGAGAUAAAAUAGUCCAGGCUAAGUAAUUAGGUAAGCGUUUUGUAUACACGUAAAAACGCACAAGUUGUAACAAACUGCAUCAGACUUGUAGCAAUGCUGUUCCAACAACUUGUCAACAGGAUGUGUUCGCACUGCUUGUUCCCAGCUUGUUGACAACUUGUCAAUGGCUUGUUAACAACUUGCUACAAGGUCGUUUAGCUCAACAGACUUGUUACCGGUUGUUCCAACAACUUGUUAUCGUCCUGCAAUUCAACAAGUUGUUAACAAGUUGUGAGUGAUAACCUUGUAGCAACUUGAUAAAAUAACAACAUUGUUACAACUUGUUGACAAGCUUGCUACAAGCCUGUUGCGAACACAUCUUGUUGACAAGUUGUGAGAUUUUUACGUGAAAUGUUAAUCUUACUUCUUCAAGACAAGUAGUCAUCGAUGAUGCAUCUAAAAGUCCAUCUUUUAUUUCUCAUUUCUAUUGUCCAGGUCGAAGCCUCAGACUUCGUCAAACUUCAGACAUUGACUCCCAUCUUACGAGAAAUUGCUGAGAACCAUGUAGAAGAAGAAAUCACGGAACAAGCGAACGACUUGUUGGUUGUCAUUCUCACGAAAACAACCGUGUUAGCUGAGAAAACAAGGCGUGAAGGGGCGAAGGGUGACGGCAAGGGGACUAUGACAGCGAAAGCAGAGUUGAAUACGGAAACUAAUGCAUCACAAUGGAUACCGAAUGAUGAAACGAGUUUAAAUUUAGGUAAAACAAUAGCAUACAUCACUAAAUAAUUCCGCAAUUGGUGGUGUUCAACCGUUGAGGCCCAUUUCCACUCGAGAAAAAUUUCCACGGACAGAAAAUGUUCCGAAAUAUCAUUGUUAAAAGUUGAAAAUUUUCUUUAAAAAUGGUAGAAGCGUAACCGGGAUUAUUCAGUUUAGACGUUCUCUGGUUUUUAAAAAUUUAUUGAAACGAGCUUGCGACUGCCAGUCUGCAGUCUUAAACAGGCAAGUGAUAAAUAAUGAAUUACAUGGAAAAACAUUGGUUUACAAUUACAUACAAAAACAAUUAAACAGUUCCGCUCCGCCUACAUGAUGGUCAUAUUAUCAAUAAGUUCUUUGUAUAAGUUCUUUGUAUGUUUGCAUGGCGAUAAAACAUAUAAUGGUUUGUUUGUGGAUAUAAUAUAGUAAUAUUAAGUCAUAUUAUCAUAUAUCUAUCAUGUAGGCGGAGCGGAACUGUUUAAUUGUUUUUGUAUGUAAUUGUAAACCAAUGUUUUUCCUUGUAAUUCAUUAUUUAUCACUUGCCCGUUGAAGACUGCAGACUGGCAGUCGAAAGCACGUUUCAAUAAAUUUUUAAAAAACAGAGAACGUCUAAACUAUCAAUAUGAAAAUUUUCAACUUCAAAAUUUUUUCCGACGGAAAAUUUGUGUCGACCAAUCACAUUAUACAAAAUUUUCUUUCUGCGGAAAAUUUUCCUGAUAACCAAUAAAUAAUUAUAAACCAUAAACCCACCAAUAAAUAUAUAUUAGUAAUCAACAUUAAUAACCAUAAACCCACCAAUAAAUAAUGUUUGGUUUUGACAGACUUCGACACGGCAUUCGAGCAGCUCUGUGAUCCAUUGCUACCAGUUCGUGGUCAUGCCUUGAUGAGACUUGCGACUCUGCUUAAAUCUCGGGAUCCGAAUGCCUUGGAAAAAGUCGAGAUUUUGGUCAAAACAUUUCGUGAUAGUCUGAUACACGAGGACAGUUAUAUAUAUUUCGCUGCGGUAGAAGGCCUGGUCGCUGCGGCGGAUGUCCGGGCCGAUGACGUCAUACCUCGUCUUGCGCGGGAGUUUAUGACGUGUUGUGAGGAGGGGACUGAGGCAACCGGAAGUGAAGAUGAUAAGGGCGAGUAUAAAGGGCUUACGAAAGGUGAGUCACGUGUGAGAAGA